GUCAGUCAAAAUCGCGUAUAGUAAACGGCAACAGUGCUCAACUAAACUGAUCAACAUUUACUUAAUUCCUCUACACUCCGGCAAAAUUCGGGAUAAAACAUUCUGGGCUAGAUUAAAAUCAUUCGGGGCUCGAGCCCCGAAUUAUUAGCCCAAGCGACGCCCCUGGUGUCCACCUUGCACCCUACGUUCCUGGAAUAGGCUCAAAGCUCCUCAUGACCUUGUGUAGGUUAAGUAGUAUAGAAAACUAAUUCUGCUCUCUUCUAACAAGAACGCUGUCAAAACUGAAAAUAUUUUAAAAAGGCACAAUCCUCUCUUGCUCCUUGGCAUAUAACAUUUUUCUGUGUUGGUUAAUUUAAAACAACAACAUAGCCAGUCACGUGAGCGGGUGUCUCGAACGAAGCUUCGGACGUCACCGAUCACGUGACUAAGGCAAAGCGACGCAAGCAUCAGCACACUGCUUUAGUAAACGCCGCUUUGCCCUUUUUCAACACAAGCUCUCAAGCUUUAUUAUUAAAUCGCCAGCAGUUACUUUUAGCUGUCUUUACGGACGCCGUAAACCCUUUUAAAACCAUGGCACAGCAACGGGGAGUCAACAGCCUGCAGUUUAAUCAAGACCAAAGUUGUUUCUGUUGUGCCAUGGAGACUGGAGUUCGAAUUUACAAUGUGGAACCCCUCAUGGAAAAAGGACACCUAGACCAUGAACAGGUUGGCAGUAUUAGUCAUUGUUCCAUGCUACAUCGUUCAAACCUCUUAGCUGUGGUGGGUGGCGGUGUUAACCCAAAGUUUUCAGAGAUAUCUGUGUUAAUCUGGGAUGAUGCUCGAGAGGUCAGAGAUGUCAAGGAUAAAUUGGUCCUAGAGUUCACAUUGACAAAGCCAGUUCUGGCAGUGCGCAUGAGACAUGACAAAAUCAUCAUUGUCUUGAAGAACAGGAUCUAUGUAUAUAGUUUCCCAGACAACCCCGUGAAACUCUUUGAAUUUGACACUCGAGAUAAUCCAAAAGGUCUUUGUGAUGUGUGUCCCAGUUUGGAGAAGCAAUUAUUGGUUUUCCCUGGACACAAGUGUGGUAGUUUACAGUUGGUGGACCUUUCAAACACAAAACCUGGCACAUCAUCUGCACCAUUCACUAUCAAUGCUCAUCAGAGUGAAAUAGCUUGUUUGGCUUUGAACCAGCCUGGCAGUGUGGUAGCCUCUGCAUCACAGAAGGGUACUUUGAUCCGUCUCUUUGACACUACUACACGUGAUAAACUAGUGGAGCUACGAAGAGGAACUGAUCCUGCCACAUUAUAUUGCAUCAACUUCAGCCAUGACUCGUCCUUCCUGUGUGCUUCUAGUGACAAGGGCACUGUUCACAUUUUUGCACUGAAGGAUACAAGACUGAAUCGGCGCUCUGCUGGCUUCCAUUUCAGUUUGGCUCGGGUGGGAAAAGUCGGACCAGUCAUUGGACAGUAUGUAGACAGUCAGUGGUCUUUGGCCAGUUUUACUGUGCCAGCUGAAUGUGCUUGCAUUUGUGCCUUUGGGAAAAACACUUCCAAAAAUGUCAACUCUGUUAUUGCUAUAUGUGUUGAUGGAACAUUCCAUAAAUAUGUCUUCACUUACGAUGGAAACUGUAAUCGGGAGGCUUUUGAUGUGUAUCUUGACAUCUGUGAUGAUGAUGAUUUCUAAGGAUGAAGUUGACAUUGUGCUAAUAUUAUUAAGCAUCAAUUUUAAAACUUUAUUGGUUUAUAUAAAAAGGGGAAAUGGGCUUAGUGAAGUUAAAGUAUAUUUGUGAAUUAGAAUUCCCACCUGUUUUUGUAUUAUCCCUAGUGUAGCCAGUAUGCUAUGUUGAGGGGCUUUAUUUAUUCAAGGGGAAUACAAUUCAAGUAAAAAAAUAAAUAGAAAUCUUUUAUGAAAGAAAAACUUGGUUGCAACCUAGUUGCAUAAUUGUGCACAUUCUUUUAUACUGGGGAAGGUAGCAGUUCUUUUGAACUUGUGUUCAAAAGAAAUUAUCAUACACCUGUCAUCAAAAAUGUGAUUUGCUUAAACCCAGAUAAAGAUCUAAGAAAGUUUCUGUAGAA